UCCUAAGAAUUUUAAAGUUUUCUCGAAUGUACCCGAAAUAUUUACAGAAAACUAUGACUUACAUUUAAACAAGACGUAUUUUGGUGAUACGCCUCCGAUAUUUCCUUCCAACGUGUUCAUUGCUCUGCUUGAAGACAAUGAUAAUCGUACAAAGAGUGAAAUAUCUAAGAGAGACACCAUUUGGCACAUGUCGCAAAAGAAGAUGCUACAAUAUGCAACGAAUAUAAUUGCAGCUGCCGAUUAUUACUUGACAUUCUUUAUGGGAUUAAUCGGUGUAUUGCCUAGGAGGAAUCACAUAGUGUUCCCCAAUAAUACAAUAAAUUCAAUGGGAUGUUUUGGUCUUAUAAUAUAUAGCGAAAAAGAUGUUCUAUAUGAUAAAGAUAUCGAUUUCCCUGGCCGCAAGGCUCAUAUCGGUGAGGUCAUUUCACACCAAAUGGCACGUCAGCUGUUUACAGCAGUGGUUACUCAGUCUCGAUGGGCCGACCUGUGGAUAGGCGAAUCACUAUCGAAGCUUUACAGUCAUUAUAUCAUGAACCAGAUUUUCAUCGGUUCACAAUUAACAGAUCUCUAUGCAAUCCAAAUUCUUCAGUCAACAUUUCAGUAUGAAACUAACUGUCAGAUGAUAGCUCUUUCCGAAUAUAAUGCACGAAUUGCGGAUGAGAUCGAUGUCUCCCUCUGUUCUCGUUGGUAUUAUAAUAAAGGUUUUGCUCUUUUACGCAUGAUAGAGCGUAUGACCACAUGGAAUAAAUUUCAAUUAGCUGUCACAGAAUAUUUUGACAAAUUUAAGUUUCGUUCUGCCACUCCUUCUAAUCUUUGGAUCACCUUACAACGUAGACUUGACAGUACGAAUCAAAUGGUUGGAAUUAAUGAAAUUAUGGAUACGUGGUUAAGUCAGAGCACGAUGUAAGUUACAUAGCCUGGUAUCCCCUGUUUAAUAUUCUAUCGUUUAUGUGGCCUAUUUGGAAUAAUCCGGCUACGGGAAUGAAACAUAUCAAGGAAGAAGUGCGUCAAAUACUGGAUGGCUUACUUCAAAAUUUGGAAUACGAAGAAAAAAAUUAUGAGAACAAUAUGUAUAAAACACUGAGAUUAUUAGGAACAAGAUGGGCUUGCAAAUUAGGGCAUAGAAAGUGUCAAAUGACUGCUACGACAAAAUUGUCUGGCUAUUUACUCGAUCCUGAUAAAAACAAAUUUUCACCAUGGUGGAAGGAUUGGGUAUAUUGUGCCGGUAUGAGUUUGGCCAACGAAGCUAUAUCGCAGAUGUUGUUUGAAAAAUACAAAAAUACCACGGAUAUAGAUAUUUUGAAAUACUUGUUUUGCUCGGAUAAUGCACAAAUUAUUAUAAAGUAUAUGGAGGAAGUGUUUCUCGAACUUGGAAAUGUACUAUCGCAUAACAAUUUAAAUGAACUUUAUCGAAUUGUUAUAAAGAAACACAUAAGGAAAAAUGACGUGCUGAAAUACUUCAUACAGCAUUAUUCGAGAAUAAU